AUGGCUGCCUAUUACGCCGAUUCGUCCAUCUUGGCACAUACAGCAUCCCUCCAACCCUACGGGCGUUUCAGUGACCCCAACGAACCAAACACAAGUAUGAGUGUAUACGAUCUACCAACAGACUCCGAGGGCGACGUUGAGAUAGACGAACUAGUAUCAGACACGGAAGACGACGAACAGCUGGCGAGCGCGUCUGCGGCCGGGCAAAAAAAAGGAGGAAGAAAGUUGGGAGAGCGGGUACCCGGAACGACCCUACUUCCUGCCUCCAGAGUCGAGAAUAUGAUUCAUGCUGAUGGCGUCACCGGUAACCUUUCCAUGUCCAAGGAAGCCGUGUUCAUGCUAUCAAUCGCAACAGAAGAGUUCAUAAAGCGCAUGGUACAGGCCGGUCACCGGUCGGCGGCAGCCGUGCGGAGAAACACCGUACAUUACACAGACAUGGCAGCGUCAACGGAACAAUACCAGGAAUUCAUGUUCCUGCAAGAUACAAUACCCGAACCCAUAAGCCUUUCAAAGGCGCUAGAAAGACGCGAAGCCAAGCUAAGAGAGGACCUUGCAGCCAAUCCUGCCGUGUCCUCCUGUAUUCAAGGACAGUCGAUAUCGUCAGCCCCUAUCCCUUCCGGUCAGCACGCCAAUGGGAAGGCGAAAAAGAAGAGUCGCGCUCCACAGGAAAAGGAGAAGUCUGCGCGUAGCAGUCCAAGUGCACACCACGGAGGGUAUAACGAAGAAGUGGAAAUGGAGGUAGAUGACCAGGAGGUCAACCACGUUCCUCCCUCAAGAAGUUCAAGUGGCAGAGUCAUAAAGGCAUCCCGAGUAGUGCGAGAAGGCAUGCAGGAAAGUUCGAGCGGGAGUGUAGUCAAUGGCUCCGCUCACCACCAAUUGGAACCAGUAGAAUCUUCGUCUGGAUCGGCUUCACCACCCGGGGCGACGUCGGCUCAACGACCGACAUACGACUAUCAGCAACCGCUCCCCCCCAGUUGGCCUGGCCAGUAUACUGGUCCAGCCAGCGGAUUUCUUCAGGAUCCGUCUCACGCGUGGGCGUACGUCAAGCAAAAUCCGGGCCGCACAAUAUACUCGCAACAAUCGCGGCACGAAAAUUCCACAUACCGUUAG